ACCGUCUUAUUUUCAAGCUUUAGUGGCAGGUAGCAGCACACGGGGCUCCCGUCCCCAAAUGAUCGCUUUUAACAGGUUUUGACGACCUUCACAAGACAUGACAAAGUUCAUUUCUGGCCAGAAACGUGUUUUUUAUCUAGCAAUAGGUCUUCUACAUCUUUUCAUCUGUACAGAAUGCUCCAGCGCCACUGUGAGGCUGGCGGGCCCCUCGUCCACGCGCUGCUCGGGGAGAGUGGAGGUCCUCCAUGCCGGCGAGUGGGGCACCGUCUGCGACGACUUCUGGGACCUGAACAGCGCCCAGGUGGUGUGCCGCGAGCUCCAGUGCGGCACAGCGCUAGCGGCCUAUAAAGGGUCGCGCUUCGGCAUGUCCGUUGGCCCCAUCUGGCUAGAUGACGUGCAGUGCACCGGAAGCGAAUUGUCUAUCCUCAAGUGCCAGCACCGCCCCUUCGGGGACAAUAACUGCGGGCACGAAGAAGACGCCAGCGUGGUCUGCUCAGAACACUUGCGGGUAACUAACGGCAGCAGCCGUUGCAACGGCCGACUGGAAGUCUACACGGACGGUCACUGGAACAAAGUGUGCGGCGAGUUUGGGAUGCCCGAAUCCAAGGUGGUGUGCCGGGAGAUGAGCUGCGGGAACCCGCUGGUUUCCGCCCAAAAACAGUAUUUCGGCGAAUCGCGCGAAGUUUUGGCUGUGAAGACCACGUGUUUGGGCAACGAAAGCUCCGUCGCGCAUUGCUCGCACAAACCCGUCAAGGAAACAUGCACGGACGCAACCAUUUCUUGCUACAACAGCCAACCCAUUCGUCUGGUCAACGGAACCAACCGCUGCUCUGGCCGAGUGGAGAUCCUUCACAUGGACCAGUGGGGGACGGUGUGCGACGACAAAUGGGGGAUUCAGGAGGCUAGCGUGGCGUGCCGCGAGAUGGGCUGUGGGGCUCCUUUGGAAGUCAAGUACAAGGCCUUCUUCGGCAGCGGCGACGAUCAAACCUGGCUGGACGAUCUAGAUUGCACGGGGCAGGAGAAGUCGCUCUCCGAGUGCUCGCACAGAGGGAUGGGCGAGCACGACUGCAGCCACGCAGAAGACGCCGGCGUCGUAUGUUCAGAAACUUUCCGAUUUAGCAACGGAAGCACGCCCUGCUCAGGUCGCCUUGAGAUCUUCCACAACGGCGGUUGGGGCAAGCUGUGCGAUCACAACUGGAGCGCCAAAGAGGCCGCCUUUGUAUGUAAGGAACUCAACUGCGGAGGUCCGUCCAAGUCCGUCGAGUACUUCGGCGAAAGCCAGCUCAAGAGAUACAGAGGCGCCUGUCCCAGAGACGCGACCUCAUUCUCGCAGUGCACCAUCCAGGACAACCCGGAUACAUGCCGAGGAGUUUCGCUGUCGUGUACGGGACCUCCCGUACUACGGCUCGUCAAUGGUACCAACCGCUGCUCAGGCCGAGUGGAGGUCUACCACGACGGCAUAUGGGGGACGGUGUGCGAUGACUCCUGGGACAUCAGAGAUGCCCAAGUAGUGUGCAGAGCAUUGGACUGCGGCACGGCCAUGACGGCCAAAUCAGGAGCCUACUUCGGCGAAGGCGGGGGUCAAAUUUGGCUGGACGACGUCGGAUGCUUGGGCAACGAGUCGUCCUUGCUUCAAUGCCCGCAUUCACCCUUCGGAGAUACUAACUGCAAUCACGUCGAAGACGCUUCCGUUAUGUGUUCAGCCAGCAUCAGACUGAUAAAUGGAACCAACCAGUGUUCAGGCCGGGUGGAGGUCCACCACGAAGGCCACUGGUCAUCCGUGUUCAACGUUCAAUGGAGUUUGCACGAAACGGCGGUGGUCUGCCGGGAGAUGAACUGCGGCGAUCCCGUCAAAGCUUCGGGGUCUUUCGGGCAAAGGGGCGACGUCAACGGCUAUAAAAUCAACUGCAACGGAAGGGAGACUUCGCUAACACAGUGCUCCUUCCGGGAUUACGUCCGUAGCGGCCACGAUCGCGUUCAGGAGGCCUCCGUCGAAUGCUCCGGUAACGUGAGGCUGGCCGGCGGCCAAAACCGCUGCACCGGGAGGGUGGAGUUCUUCAAUAACGGCCGCUGGGGAGACGUGUGCGGAGAAAUGUGGGACAAUGACGACGCGACGGUGGUGUGUAGGCAGCUCGACUGCGGCAAAGCCAUCAAGAUCACUGCCGGGACGGAGUUCGGCCACGGUUCGGGACACGUCUGGAUCGAGCAGAUCGAAUGCAACGGAAUGGAGUCCACGUUGGCGCAGUGCUCGCAACGGUCUUUCCAGGAUAGGUUGUGCAACAUCACCUCGCUAGCCGGCGUGGUCUGCUCAGAUAGCUUGGAGGUGCGCUUGGUGAAAAGCGAAAUCGAGUGCACCGGUACCGUGGAGGUCCAGUACGACGGCACGUGGCACUCCGUUUGCGACGCCGACUGGAACCAGGCCAAAGCCGAGGUGGUGUGCGAUCGUUUGGAGUGCGGCCGCGUGGUCAGCGUCCACGGUGCCGCUCAUUACGGUCAAAGUAGCGGCCCCGUGGUGGAGGCUAACGACGCCUGUUUCGCUAACAUCAGCCAUCUUGAGCAGUGCUCGCUCAAAGGUUUCACUAAAUCCACGUGCCCGCAUGAUCAAGACGCCGGCGUUUCCUGUGCAGCCAAGCUACAGCUAGUUGGCGGCUGGAGCGGCUGUUCCGGCCGAGUGGAGGUGUUUCACGCCGGCGUUUGGGGGACCAUUUGCGACGACGAGUGGGAAGUGAGCGCUGCCGACGUGGUGUGCCGACAGCUUGGCUGCGGCCACGCCGUGUCGGCUCCUGGCAACGCGCAUUUCGGGCGGGGCACUGGUCCCAUAUGGCUGGACAACGUGGUGUGUGAAGGUCAGGAGUUGGCCAUCACACACUGCAACCACCAGCCAUUUGGAGAGAACAACUGCGGCCACUCUGAGGACGCUGGAGUCAUUUGUUUGGGUGGUCUGGCGAAGCCUCGGAUCACGGUGAACCCGUCGGCGGAUGUCAGCUGGGGUCAAAACGUGGAGUUCACCUGCACCCUUCAGACUGAGCAAAUGGGCGGCACUUUCUUGCUGAAAAAGUUACAGGGCGAGUUUAAGCUUCACAAGUAUUCCGAGAGCGAGGCAGCAACCUUUACCCUGUCCAGAGUCAACUUCAGCCACCGGGGCUCGUACUUCUGCGAGUACCAGAAACAACUCCAGAGUAACGUCAUCUACUUCCCUCAAGGAGAUCCCAUGGAACUCAGCGUUAAAGUGUCCUUGGAGAAGCCGAUCAUCACAAUGACCACCUACCAAGUGAUGGUGAUGUACAGUCCGCGCGAGGUGUCGGUCACGCGGGGCAGCGGCUUCUCCGUCACGUGCUCCGUCCAUUCCUUGUACCCUCACGGCACUUUCUACCUGAAGAACACCGACACCAACGUCACCGCCGCCAAAGCUGCGUUCGGACAUACCGUUUUUUACGUAGCAAUGUUCGAAUUUCCCGACAUCCAGGAUAAAGACCAAGGAGAUUACGUCUGUCUUUACGCCGUCAACUUCUCGUCCAAUGCAUUUUGGUCCACCCCUUCCACAUCACUUUAUAUCAACGUUGUCGCAACGGAGUCUUCAUCGGUGGUCUCGGGACUCGUGACCGGGUUGGUGUUGCUACUGCUAACUGUCGUAGUGGGUUAUCUGGUGUGGAGGAGGAGAAGACAACAUUCUCGCACCUUGAUCGAGUUCCGCAACCAGUUCGGGAGAACCACCAAAGCCGAGUUGGAAGACGCAGGCAAUGGUGGUCUCGAUGGCAGGGACGGUAGCACGGGCGCCAACCAGGAAAGAGCUGCGAAGCUCCCGGCGGACACAGAAACAUCAGCAGACACGGAAAACUCUGCGGAAACAGUCCCCGAGGACCUGGCCGGCCGAGUUUGUUACGAGUUGGAACCGCUCGUUUUCUCCUGAUGCCGGGAAACCGUCAGAUAUAUUACCCAGAUCUUUCUUUACCUUCUUUAUAUUUCUGAAUUGGUUAAAAGUAAAUAUUUUAUUUUAUUUGUAUUUUAUAAAUGAUAACUUGUGUCA